AUAUUUUUACAGAUUUUAAAAAAAUAUUUUAUCAAGUUUUUUUUUAAUUUAAUUAUUUCCCACACUUUCCACACCAAAUUUAGCUAAUAUAUUAAAAACGUUCUCCUCACAAGUGAGAAUCAAACACUGCACAUUACAUAGAAACUCCAACUAUUUGCUCAUAGAACCAGAAAGUAAAAGCUAAGAACCAUGGCAGAUUUGGUAGAAAGCAAAGAAUGGUACUUAACUGCAUACUGCCCUGAAGGUGUUCCAACCACAGAUCAUCUCAAACUCCGCACUGUCCCUCUUUCUCUUGACUCUGAUUCAAUCCCUGAUAAUCAUCUAGUAGUUGAAACUCUUCUUCUCUCUGUCGAUCCUUAUCUUCGUGGAAGAAUCACUGGCUCCUUAGAAGGCCUUUUCAUUUCACAAUAUCAACUUAACCAGGCGAUUACAGCAUUUGCAGUUGUAAGGGUGAUUAGAUCGAAGGAUAGUAGAUACAGUGAGGGAGAUAUUCUUUUGUGUCCAUCUUCUCCUGUUGCCGAGUAUGCUAUUGUGCCAUCUUCUCAAAUAGCUAGAAAAAUUGAUACUGAAAAUGGGAUUUCUUUGUCUGAUUAUCUUGGUGCUUUAGGAGUACCAGGUUUUGCAGCAUGGAUUGGAAUAGAGGUGCUUGGAGAUCCAAAGGCAGGAUCAAAUGUGUUCAUAUCUGCUGCUUCAGGUGCUGUUGGUAUGAAUGCUGGACAGCUUGCUAGGAUUAGAGGGUGUAGGGUCAUUGGAAGCACUGGCUCUGAUGAUAAGGUAAAACUUAUCAAAGAAGAAUUUGGAUACGAUGACGGAUUCAACUACAAUAAAGAGACAAAUUAUGACGCCGCUUUAAACAAGUAUUUCCCUAAUGGUAUUGAUGUCUAUCUUGACAAUGUUGGUGGUAAAAUGCUUGAAGCUGUACUUAACCAUGUCAACAAGCAUGCUAGAAUCCCACUUUGUGGGAUGAUAUCUCAAUAUAAUAAAGUUUGGACUGAAAGAGAAGGGGUUAGGAAUCUUCUGAAUAUGGUGGGAAAGGAGGUGAGGAUGGAAGGUUUUAUGCUAGAGUCAUAUUGGCAUCGUUUUGGAGAUUUUGCUAAAGAUAUGGAAAGAUACAUACAAGAAGGCAAAGUUAAGUCCAAGAGUAAAAUUAAUAUUGGAAUCGAGAGCUUUUUGGAGAGUUUCAAUUCCUUAUUCUCAAGCUCUAACAUUGGAAAAGUUGUUGUUCAAGUCAAGACAUGAUGACCAAAUAGUAAAAUAUGUAAGCAUAUCUUUGAUCAUAAUGUUUGUAUUAUUUGCGCGAGUGUUGGACCAUUUUUUUUCAUUUCAUUUUCCCCUUAUGUUUCAAGUUUUUCUCUUAAGAAUGAAAAUGUAAAAUAUACUAUGUAAUUCAAGUUGACAUCUCAUUUGUUGAAGUUUAAUUGUUGUGAA